CGCGCACACACAGUGCACCAAGAGUUCAAGAGUGCUGGCGUGCGUUUAACAACAAUUAAGGGGAGUGGAAAUAUCUGGGAGAAAGUAUCCAGUUUAUCCAUCCACUUUUCUUUUGGACGACGCUGUGCUCGUGUCAUACUUUUGGUUGCUUUUCUUUGUGCGUCGGGCAACUUUCAAUUAAAGAGAGUGACGCUCCGCAGCGUGGGCAUGUGUUGCGUGUGAGGGGAGACGAAGUUCAGAGCGCAGGGUUGCAGAAGAGGACAGAGUGAAAACGGAACAAGAUCACUCCACACACCAUGAAGAAAGAGGACUCUGGUAAUCAGAGUCUUAAUGAAGCUGGGCCUUGGUUCUGCAUGUCUGGCAGUAAUUAUGACGGCAAAGGGAAGAGGAUUAAGGUGCUAUCCCAUCCUGGGGUCCCAUUAGUGGGUCUGAUGUUCUUGGCCACUCUCUCUUUUGGAGCAGGUUUCAAACAGAGUGUCCCCAGGGUCAAACUCAGCCACAGAGAACUGCUGCAGGCUGGCAGCGUGUCUCUGUUUUUGGGCCCCUCUGAUGGCCUGCACUCCCACUCACUGCUGUUGGAUGAAGAGAGAGGUCCUCUUCUGUUGGGAGCCAAGGAUCACAUCUACCUGCUUGACCUUGACAAGCUGGCCAAAGCCCCCAGAAAGAUUCACUGGCCUGCUGCCCGGGACAGAGUUGAAAUGUGCAAACUGGCGGGCAAAAACGCACAUUUGGAGUGUGCUAACUUUGUCAGGAUGCUCCACAACUUCAACCGGACACAUGUCUAUGCCUGUGGGACAGGAGCCUUUCACCCCAGCUGUGCUUUCGUUGAAAUCACUGGGCGCAGAGAGGAUGGUGUGUUCCAACUGCUGUCUAGUACGGUGGAGUCUGGCAGGUUGAAAUGUCCUUUUGAUCCCUUGCAGCCAUUCACCUCAGUCCUCACAGAUCAGUACCUGUAUGCGGGCACAUCUUCAGACUUCCUGGGCAAAGACACAACAUUCACACGCUCCCUUGGCCCUCCACCUGACCAGCACUACAUACGCACAGACAUCUCUGAAGACUACUGGAUCAAUGAGGCAAGGUUUAUAGCUGCGCAUCCCAUUGCAGACACCUACAACCCAGAUGAUGAUAAGAUAUACUUUUUCUUCCGUGAAGUAUCGUGGGAAGGCAACGACAAGAGCAUCCUGUCCCGGGUGGCUCGUGUGUGCAAGAAUGAUGUGGGUGGGCUGAGGAGUCUGACCAAUAAAUGGACCACCUUCCUCAAAGCCAGGCUUGUGUGUUCAAUCCCUGGACCAGAUGGAGUGGACACACACUUUGAUGAGCUCCAGGACAUCUUUCUGCUCCCUACAAGAGAUGACAAAAACCCCAUAGUGUAUGCAGUCUUCACCACCUCCAGCUCCAUUUUCCGUGGUUCAGCAGUGUGUGUGUACAGCAUGGCGGACAUAAGGGCCGCGUUUAACGGACCUUAUGCUCACAAAGAAGGGCCUGACCACCGAUGGGUAGAAUAUGAGGGGAAGAUACCAUAUCCACGACCUGGAACAUGUCCAAGCAAGACAUAUGAUCCAAAAAUCAAGACCACCAAAGACUUCCCAGACGAGGUUGUCAGUUUUAUCCGAUACCACCCCCUGAUGUAUCGCUCUGUCUACCCUCUGACUGGCCGGCCUGUGUUCACACGUGUGCGAGUGGACUACACCUUGACUCAGAUUGUGGUGGACAGAGUUUUAGCAGAGGAUGGACAGUAUGAGGUCAUGUUCCUGGGAACAGAUGCUGGGUCAGUUCUGAAGGUGGUGAGCAUCACUCAAGAGAACUGGUCAACAGAGGAAGUGGUGCUUGAAGAACUUCAAGUUUUCCAGGCUUCCACUCCCAUCCUCAGUAUGGAGAUGUCUUCUAAACAGCAACAGCUCUAUGUGGGUUCAAGCGAGGGGUUGGCACAGGUUUCACUCAGUAGAUGUCACCUGUAUGGCCAAGCCUGUGCUGAAUGCUGCCUGGCACGAGAUCCCUACUGCGCCUGGGAUGGACACACAUGCGCACGUUACAUCCCUGCCUCUAAGAGGCGAGCCAGGAGACAGGACAUCAAGCAUGGAGACCCUGCCAGUCAGUGCUGGGACACAGAAGACAGUCUUGGUGGGGGACGGGUGGAAGAGAGAGUUCUCUUUGGGGUGCAAAGCAACUCCACCUUCCUUGAGUGUAUCCCCAAAUCUCAACAGGCCCAGAUCCGGUGGUACAUACAGAGACCUGGAUCUGAACGCAGGGAGGAGUCAGGUGUGCCAGCAAAGAAGAAUGUGAUGGGAGACAAACUAGUCAGGUUGGAUGAUCGUGUUGUUCACACUGAUCGAGGUCUUUUGAUUCGCUCCCUUCACGCCUCUGAUGCUGGUGUGUAUGUCUGCGUAGCUCAAGAGCACACACAUUUUACACACACUCUCCUCCAUCUCACCCUACAACUUGUAACACAUGGUCAACUGGACGGAAAGCCAAAGCCCAGUGAAGACUCCAUGGUGGAGCUACGACAUGGUGGAGAGUCUCGUCAGCGAUAUAAAGACUACCUGAGAGUGAUGAGCUCACCUUUUGGAUCUCUGGAGGAGUACUGCGAUUCACUUUGGUUGGAGAAGAGGCCGUCAAGGGUGCGAGGACGAGGCUUAGGAGUCGGCAAAUGGAAACACAUGCAGGAACUAAAGAAGAGCAGGAACAGGAGACACCACAGAGAGAGGGAGGGAGGGAGAGAGAGAAGGAGGGUGGUGAGGACAGCCCAACAGGGAGGGAUGAGGUAAAAAACAAAAAAACAAAACAUUCAGGAUUAGCUGUGUAUGUGGAGUGAUGAAGCAGACAUGACACAGAGCUGUAAAAUUGCAAUGACAGAUCAGUCCAUGAGCAAGCAAAAUCUAACUCAGAGUUAAUGGGGCAUGACAGACUAAUGCAGAAAGAGUUCAAAAUAAAUACAUUAAUUUCAACAAGCAUUUUAAAGCAGUGUUGGUUUGAGAGUAUUUAAUUUCUUCAAAAUCCAGAUUCCAGUUGUUUCAGAGGAAAAAUAUCUUGUUUAGUGAUUUUCUUCUAAGCUUCAAUCUUAAUUUGAAUUCUAAGUGUUUUGGAUACAACUAAAAUUAUUGUUUUGUCCUGUUUGCAGAUAACAUGUUUCUAAGAAAACAUCAGAGGCUGCAUUACUGCUAUGUGUGAAACAGUUUUAUAUGGAUAUCCAUUGACUUCUACUGCAGCUAUAGUGCUACUGUAGAUGAAGUGACCAGGUGAAGGAUUACAACAUGACAGUGUUUUUACCCCUAAGGUACAGAUAAAACUGACAGUUAAUAGAGGCGAUCUUUUGAUGAUACUGAAAUGUAUGGUUGAAUUGGUGAGACUGGGAAAAUAUAUACAGUAGUAGUAUAGAAAAAAACAAAUCGAGCCUGCUCAUGGUGAUGACAAUGCAUUCAUGUUGAAUGACUGUAAAUAUUUAUAUAACAUGUACAGGAGAUACAGCAUGCUCAGAUUUAGUCUUAAUUACUGCCCUGUAUAACGAUAAUAAUAAUCAUGUGUUAUGUUUUGGCUGAAAAAAAAACAUAUUUUUGUACAAACAUUUAAAAUAUGUACUGUAGGUUCAAUAGAUGUUUUCAUUAUUGCAGUUAUUUAAAUAAAUUUGUCUCUGAGG